AUGGUCCAACUCGCCCACAUCUUCAAAAAGGAUAAGGAUAAGGAGAAAGAGAGUAAAGACUCGGAAAAAUCUAAACCAAAAAAGAAAGUUCCCAAGGACGAAUCCGAUAGUCCCGUUUCGUCACCACGAACGUCCUUCUCCACCUCCAAAUCUCCCAAAUCUCAUCCCGCUAAAUCCCCCUCCAAAUCUUCUUCCAAAUCACCCACCAAGAACCGAUUCUCUCAUAGUCGGUCCUCUUCCACAUCCACUCCGAUCGCUCCUCCCUUCAAAUUCGGAACCCGGUCUACCAAAGACCAGGACUCUCAUCCUCUCAAUCUCCCCCCCGACGAGCUGCGCCGUCGCCUGUCCGCUAUGGCGGCCUCACGAGAUGACCAACGGAGCUCCAUGGACAUUGAUCCCCAGGAAGCCCAGCAGAAGAACGGUGUGGAUACUCAGGAACGCAGUCCGACACCUCCUCCUCACCGUUCAAACUCGGACGCAGGCGAGGCAGACUCGUUCAAGUUGGCCGGAAACAAAUUCUUCAAAGAUGGCAACUACGCUCGUGCCAUCGAGGAGUACAACAAGGCCAUCGAGAUUAACCCCAACUCGUCCGCCUACCUGUCUAACCGCGCCGCGGCUCAUAUGUCCGCCAAGCAAUUCCUGAAUGCCCUCGAGGAUAUUGAGCGAGCCCACGAACUUGACCCCACCAAUGCGAAGAUUGUGCACCGGUGGGCUAAAAUCCUGACUAACCUGGGUCGUCCCGCCGAGUCCCUUGAGGUUUUGUCUCGUGUCCAACCCGCCGCGACCGCUACUGAUCGGGCCCCAGCGGAGAAGAUGUUGAAGUUCAUCCGCCAAGCCGAGGAGACCCUCGCCGAGGACCGCGGUGGCUCGAUGGCCAUUUUCUGUCUCGACCAGGCCCGCCAAGGUCUCGGAUUUGGCGUGAAGGAGCCGCGCAAGUGGACUCUGCUGACUGCCGAGGCGCAGCUGAAGAUGAACAACAGCAAUUCGCUGGGCAAGGCGCAAGAUCUGGCCAUCACAUUGCUGCGGGAGAACAGCCAAGAUCCUGAUGCCAUGAUGAUUCGUGCGCGGGCGUUCUACGCCUCCGGUGAGACCGACCAGGCGCUGAAGCUGUUGAAGAUGUGUCUUGGGCUGGACCCGGACAUGAAGGCGGCAAUCAAGUUGUUGCGCAUGGUGCAGAAGUUGAGCCGGACAAAGGAGGAAGGUAAUGCCGCUUUCAAGGCUAAGGAUUACCGUCGCGCUAUCGAUCUCUGGGGACAGGCUUUGGAGGUGGAUCCUUCUAACAAGGAUAUGAAUUCAAAGAUCCUGCAGAAUCGUGCGCAGGCCUACAUCAAUCUCAAGGAACAUGAUUCCGCCAUUGCAGACUGUACUGAGGCUUUGCGAUUGGAUCCCGAUUACCUCAAGGCCUUGAAGAUGCGUGCCAAGGCCUACGGUGGCGCUGAGAAGUGGGAAGAGGCUGCACGUGACUACAAGAGUGUCGCCGAGAAGAACCCCUCUGAGAAGGGUAUUGGAGAGGACAUCCGUCGCGCCGAGUUCGAAUUGAAGAAGUCCCAGCGCAAAGACUACUAUAAGAUCUUGGGAGUCGGCAAGGAUGCCACUGACAACGAAAUUAAGAAGGCCUACCGCAAAUUGGCCAUCCAAUACCACCCUGACAAGAACCGUGACGGCGAGCAAGGUGAUGAGAAGUUCAAGGAGAUUGGCGAGGCCUAUGAGACUCUGAUGGAUUCUCAGAAGCGUGCUGCUUAUGACAACGGUGACGACCUGAUGGACCCUGCCGACAUGUUCGGUGGUGGUGGUAUGGGUGGCAUGGGUGGAAUGGGAGGUAUGGGCGGCAUGGGUGGCAUGCACGGAUCCCAUAUGAACAUCGACCCUAACAUCCUGUUCAACAUGAUGAACGGUGGUGGUGGUGGUGGCGGCUUCGGCGGUGGCCACCAAUUCGGCGGUGGUCAAGCUCGCGGUGGCGGCUUCCCCGGCGGAUUCUCAUUCUAA